AUGACCAAGACCCUAUACAUUCCAGAAGAAGAAGCCCAGGAACUUCGCGAGAAGCACUACAACGCUGAGAUUUCUAGCGUCAAGCGAAUUCACGAUGACCUGUGGUUGUUUCGCGUUCGACCCGACGAACCGAUGGAAGAGUUCGAUCCGGGUCAGUACACCUCCCUGGGUUUGGGCCAUUGGGAACCACGUUUGGAAGGGACGCAAGCCGAAGACAUCAAAGACAAGCUGCACCGUAAGGUGGUCAAACGGGCCUACUCGAUCAGUUGCCCCAUGCUGGACGAAAACAUGCAGCUCGUUCAGGCCUAUGGUCAGGACAGUCUGGAAUUCUAUAUCGUCUUGGUGCGCGAGAAUGAAGGCGACGCUCCGGCGCUGACCCCACGGCUGUUUACCCUUGGCGAAGGUGACCGACUCUGGAUCGGCCGCAAGGUGACAGGCCACUACAACCUGGCCCCGGUAUCACCCGACGACAACGUAAUCUUCGUCGCCACUGGCACCGGCGAGGCCCCUCAUAAUGCGAUGGUGGCCGAACUGCUGGCCAACGGGCACAAAGGCCGGCUGAUCUCACUCGUCUGCGUGCGGAAGAAACAAGAUCUCGGCUACUACGAGACACAUCAAACCCUAGAGAAGCAGUUUUCCCAGUAUCGUUUCGUCCCGCUCACCACGCGUGAGCCCGAGAACUUGGACCCGUCGCUGCCCAAUUACGUGGGCAAGGUUUACGUUCAGCAGUUCUUCGAGACCGGUCAAUUUGAAGAGCAAUUGGAUUGCCCGUUGGACCCAGCGAAAACGCAUGUCUAUCUGUGCGGCAAUCCGUCCAUGAUCAGCGCGCCCCUGAAAGGCAAGCACGCGACUGGCGACGGACCGACCUUCCCCGAAGAGCGAGGAAUGUUGCUUCCCGCCCCGGUUUCCACGGUAAUUCUUCCUCCGCUGGCCCCACUCUCUGGAAUGAUUGCAAUGCAGAGCUGCCCUCUUCGUCUGUCAUUACAGCACGCCUUGUUGGCGUCUUUUGUAGUUUUCAAUCUGACAUCGCACGCUUUCAGCGAGAACUGGCCAUCGUGGCGCGGUCCGAAAGAGGAUGGGACAAGUCUCGAGACCGAUCUGCCAACCUCCUGGAGCACAACGGAGAAUGUCGCCUGGAAGGCGCCUCUGCCCGGGCCAGCAGGUGCUACGCCGGUGGUGUGGGACGAUCGCAUCUUCCUCACUUCAGUGGGCGACGAAGGCGAGUUGCUCAUCAUGUGCUUCGACACCGAUGGAAAGCCGCUUUGGCAAGACACCAUGGCCGAUGGCAAUAAGGAUGUCCGCGGUGAUGAAGGCAACUCCGCAUCGCCAUCCCCUUGCACUGAUGGAGAGCAUGUUUGGGCCAUGAUGGGAACUGGCCACUUGGCCUGCUACGACUUCGAUGGAAAUGUGGUCUGGAAGCAGUUUCUUCCCGACCGCUUUGGUGAUUUCGAUAUUCAGUUUGGCAUGACUUCCACGCCACUGCUGCACGGCGACAAGCUGUACCUGCAACUCAUCCAUAGCGGUGGGGCUCGCAUUGUCGCGUUGGACAAACUCACCGGAGAAACAGCUUGGGAACACACCCGAGAGAGCGACGCUUACGCCGAGUGCGAACACUCGUACGCUUCUCCGGUUUUGUAUCACGACGAUGAGCGCACCUACCUGCUGUCGCAUGGUGCCGAUUACGUUGUGGCUCACAGUUUGGAAGACGGUAGCGAGAUUUGGCGGUGCGGAGGCCUGAACCCGCGUGGCAAUUACAACCCAACGCUCCGCUUUGUGGCCUCCCCGGUAGCGGUCGAAGGCCUGAUCGUGGUGCCUUCGGCCAAGAAUGGCCCCGUGUUGGGGCUCGAUCCUGCUUCCAAGGGCGAUGUAAGCGAAGAUGCCGCGGCCCAUCGCUGGACUCGGGACGACAACACGCCCGAUGUACCUUCACCGCUUGUCCACGACGGCCUGGUCUACCUUUGUCGUGAAAACGGCGACUUGAUUUGCCUUAAUGCCCAAACUGGUGAGGAACUGUAUUACGAGCGAACCCACCGUCAGCGACAUCGUGCAUCACCCGUUUAUGCCGACGGAAAGGUGUACCUGAUCUCACGCGACGGCGUUGUUUCAGUGAUUAAGGCUGGCAAAGAGUUCGAGAUUCUGGCUCAGAACAAGAUGGGCGAGUCGAUUUCCGCCUCGCCGGUCAUUUCCAACGGUCGCAUUUACCUCCGCGGCUUCGAAAACCUGUACUGCAUUGAAGAGAACUAG